GGAUCGUGGCUGACAUGGCGGAGGCCCGUCAGGGCGGCGGUGCGGGUGUCCCGCAGCACCCAGUCCCUAGUGCGAGCCACAGCAGCUUUCCAGAGUACGAGCUCCCCGAGCUGCACACGCGCGUGUUCCACGUGGGCGCCUUUGGAGAGCUAUGGCGCGACCGGCUGGGUGCCCGAGAUUUGUCGCUGAGCGAACCGCAGGCAGAGGCGCCGCGGUCGGACGGAGGGGCGUCCAGCAACGGCUUGGAGGAUGCUGCGGUAGCCAGGGAUCUGGGCUGCAGUCUGGAGGCGGCGGCAGAGCUGAGGGUCGUGUGCGGCCUUGAUAAAUUGCGAUGCCUUGAAGAAGGUGAAGACCCAGAAGUCAUCCCAGAGAACACUGACCUAGUGACUUUAUGUGUCAGGAAGGGACUCUUGGAUUAUCGGGAAGAAACCAUCACGAUAGACCGUGCCUGUAGACAAGAAACAUUUGCUUAUGAAAUGGAAUCUCAUGCACUAGGAAAAAAACCUGAAAAUGCAGCAGAUAUGAUUGAAGAAGGGGAGCUUAUCCUGUCUGUGAACAUCUUAUAUCCUGUUAUAUUUAAUAAGCACAAAGAACACAAACCGUACCAGACAAUGUUAGUACUGGGCAGUCAGAAGCUCACAGAACUGCGAGAUUCAAUUUGCUGUGUCAGUGACCUCCAGAUUGGUGGAGAAUUCAGCAAUACUCCAGACCAAGCUCCUGAGCACAUCAGCAGAGACCUAUACAAAUCAGCUUUUUUUUAUUUUGAAGGAACAUUUUACAAUGACAGAAGAUUCCCGGAAUGCAGAGACUUGAGCAGAACUAUUAUAGAGUGGUCAGAGUCCCAUGAUCGAGGAUAUGGAAAAUUUCACACUGCUAGAAUGGAAGAUUUCACUUUCAAUGACUUGAAUAUUAAACUUGGCUUUCCUUACCUGUACUGUCACCAAGGAGACUGUGAACAUGUUGUCGUCAUCACAGACAUAAGGCUUGUGCAUCAUGAUGACUGCUUGGAUAGAACACUUUAUCCCCUUCUUACCAAGAAGCAUUGGCUAUGGACCAGAAAAUGUUUUGUCUGUAAGAUGUAUACAGCUAGAUGGGUGACAAACAAUGACACCUUUGCACCAGAGGAUCCAUGUUUCUUUUGUGAUGUUUGCUUCCGAAUGCUCCACUAUGAUUCCAAAGGCAACAAACUAGGGGAAUUCCUUGCUUAUCCUUAUGUUGACCCAGGAACCUUUAAUUAGUAACACACAAAAAUAUAUUUUUUCCUACUAAAGUUUAGUUCAAUAUUACAUUAUUUAAUAUUUAUUACAAGGGUUUGUUGUUGGUGUUGUUGUGGGUUUUUACUUAAGUUUAUGUUACUGAGAUGUAGAAAUGCCUUUUUGCAUUUUGAAUAUAUAAACCUUGUUGGAAACACAA